AUGAGUGCUGCAAAUAUCGAGGAGCUCAACGACGACUGUCUUCGCUAUAUAAUGGAAUAUUUGUCUACUGAAGAUCGAAUAAGUUUCGCCCAAGUGGGCCAGAGAUUUCGACAGGUUUUCAUCAAUGGAAACUAUAGUAAAUACUCCGAUUUCACAAUCGAUUUAAACAGUACGAGGAAUGAGCUAAUACAAUUUUGCAUAUGCCGCGAAAAAGUGAAAUCGUUAACAAUCGUUUUACAUUAUUUUGAUAGACCAGAAUAUGCUAGGAACUAUGGAUGUGUGGCACCAGUGAACUGUUUUCAAAUUCUUUGUCUAAAUUUAGCUGCAAUGAUUAAUUUAGUGGAUCUAGUAGUAAAACAACAGUAUAUGAUCUCCCCACCUGUUGAUGAACCCUUCCAUCGAGUUCUGGCAGCCGUAAGACACUUGCCGAGGCUGAAAAAAUUGAAAAUUCAGGCCAGAGAAGAUUGCAAUGUUGAUUCCCUGACUCAGCUUCAUCACAUUGAACACUUGGAAAUCCUCAUACCGAAAAUUCCCAUAGAAAUUCUGGUGAAAAUCUGCAAGUCCAACGCAAAUCUUCGCAAUCUCCAACUUGGUUAUUGGUGCGUUCAGAAGAAUCUGGGAGACAUAGUGCCAUACUGCAAAAACCUAGAAGUGCUUAACUUUGGCAAUCCGGGAGCAUCUUCGGACUUUGUUGCACUGGGUAGGCUUCCGAAACUCAGGGAGCUCUAUUUCUUCGGGAUUCGAGGGUUCGGGUCCUUUGAGUCACUUCUUUCGCGAUUUGCAACCAAAAAACAGCUGACACACCUGUCCAUCGACUGUGUUAGCCUUGUUCCGCAGGAGACCAAGCAUUUGAUCCGCAUCCAAGGCUUAAGAUAUUUAAAAUGCUUCUGUCCAACGAUUGAAACUGUGGAGAUGCUAGCCACUCUUUUGAAUCUGGAAGAACUCUGCCUUUCGAUGACCUGCUCAUUGGAUAUCACCAACGCCCUACUGCUAAUCAUUGCAAAGUGUACAAAAUUAAAAAUUCUUCAAAUACCUAUGGGAAUUGUAAAUGGGAAUAUUUUAAAAGAUGCCACUGCAAACUCACACUUGGAACUGAUCCUGGGAUAA